AUGAAGCCAGUGCACGUUAGAAAGCUACUACAACUCAUCGGAGAUGACUCUUCACGAGACAGCACUCUCUCGGUCACCAGCACCACAACAUACUCACCAGACCUACUUUUACAUCCCAUCAACGCGUCAUCAACCGCUACAAAAAGAACCUUCAAGCCCAACACACCCUUUGAUUCAUCCAUGGCCUUAACCAUCCUCGUCCUCCUUACAGCUCUCUUCUUCAUGGGCUUCUUCUCCAUCUACAUCCGCCGCUUCACCGGCUACGAAAACGAUGGCAGCACCGACGUCCGCCGUCGUAGACAGCCAUCGCCACCCUCUUCAUCUUCAUUAAGGCCCCACCACUACCCCAAAGGCCUCGACCCAGCCACCGUCAAAUCUCUGCCUCUCAUCCAUUACGGUGCGGACGCGAACCACCCGAUCGAGGACUGCCUAAUUUGCUUGGGGGAAUUUGAAGAAAAAGAAAUUGUGAAAUUAAUUCCAUACUGUGGACACUUGUUCCAUCCUCGAUGCAUUGACACGUGGCUGCGGUCUCACAUGUCCUGUCCACUCUGUCGGUCGACCAAGAUGUUUGUCAAGGAUGAUGAAGAGAAAUGCUUGGGUGUGGUUCAGAUCACGGUAGAUCAUGGUGUGAGCGAAUUGACUGAAAGAUCAACGGUGCAGGAGGGUGAUACGUGGAGAGAUGUGGGGCCAGUUGGUGUUAGGAGGACGUGUAGUUGUACUAGCAUGGGAGAGCGUGUGGUGUUGCAGAGGAGUUCAAAAUAUCUGGCGCGUGGAAUUUAUGAGGCCAGUGAGGCUAAUUCAUUAGUUAAUAAUAGAGGUUUUGGUUUGGUUGUUGGACUUUGCUAA